CCGUGAUUGGACGACGCCACUUCUUAGGAAUGGCAUCAAACUAUUUAAAUAGCACUUUGUCCCCCCUCGGCUUAAAAGGGAGAUUUUUAGCGGCCGAUACCAGAAAGGACAAGUUUUCAAUCAAGACACAAGAAGACUUUUUUCACGGUGGAACUUUGUAAUUUGAAAUAAUUCUCCAUUAAUUCACUCUUGAGGAUUAUUGCUGGAUUUCUAAAUAUUUUUGCGGGAUUGUAUUACUUUUGCUCUGCUGUUUUCGUUAAUCAGGCAGCAGGUUGGUGCUUCAUUCACCAUGAAGUUGACAGGGAUAUUUUUGCUUCUGAUGUGUUGGAGCUGCGAGGGCGCGCGAGUUGCAGAGAGCCGAGACGACAAUAGCGUGUAUGACUUGUUUGAGCUGGUCAAAGUCCCGAAGAAGAACCACGGGGUGACCCUGGUGAAAGGAGACGACCCGUACAGCCCCGCUUACAAGAUCCUCAACCCGGACCUGAUCCCCCCGGUCCCCGAGAGCGCCUUUAGGGACCUGAUCGACUCCAUCCACGCCGAGAGGGGGUUCCUCCUCCUGCUCAACUUCAAGCAGUUCAAGCGGACCAGGGGCUCCCUCCUGACCGUGGAGAAGAAGGACGGUUCCGGACCCGUGUUCGAGAUCGUCUCCAAUGGAAAGGCGAACACCCUCGACAUAGUUUUCUCCACCGAGAACAAGCAGCAGGUGGUUUCCAUUGAAGAUGCGGACCUGGCUACGGGGCAGUGGAAGAAUAUCACGCUGUUCGUGCAGGAGGACCGCGCGCAGCUGUACGCCGGAUGCGAGGAGGUGAACACCGCGGAGCUGGACGCGCCCAUCCAGAGCAUCCUCACCCUGGAGACCCCGGUCAGCUCCCAGCUCCGGAUCGGCAAGGGAGCCGUGAAGGACAGGUUCAUGGGGGUCCUACAAAACGUCCGGUUUGUGUUUGGAGCGUCACUGGAAGCGAUCCUGCGCAACAAAGGAUGCCAAAGCUCUAUAAGGACUGACUCCCUGGUCCUGGAGAACCUCAAUGGAUCCUCAGCAAUCAGAACAGAGUACACCGGACACAAGACUAAAGACCUGCAGAUGGUCUGUGGCUUCUCCUGUGAGGAUCUGAUCGGCAUGUUUAAGGAGCUGAAGGGCCUCGGUGUGGUGGUGAAGGAGCUGUCCAAUGAGCUCCGCCAGCUGACGGAUGAGAACAAGCUGAUUAAGAACCGGAUUGGCAUUCACAGCGGAGUCUGCAUCCACAACGGCAUCGUGCACAAGAACAGAGACGAGUGGACCGUGGAUGACUGCACCGAGUGCACUUGUCAGAACUCUGCUACCGUGUGCCGCAAGAUCUCUUGCCCCCUGCUCUCCUGUGCUAAUGCUACUAUUGCUGAUGGAGAGUGCUGCCCUCGCUGUGGAACACCGAGCGACUAUGCAGAAGACGGCUGGUCGCCGUGGUCUGAAUGGACCCAUUGUUCCGUGUCAUGUGGGCGGGGUAUCCAGCAGCGUGGGCGCUCUUGCGACCGUAUCAAUAGCAACUGCGAGGGCACCUCUGUGCAGACCCGCGACUGCUACCUCCAGGAGUGUGACAAGCGAUUCAAGCAGGACGGCAAUUGGAGCCAUUGGUCACCCUGGUCCUCCUGCUCCGUCACCUGUGGUGCUGGUGUAAUCACCCGUAUCCGCCUUUGCAACUCCCCCACCCCUCAGCUUGGAGGCAAGAACUGUGAGGGAGAAGGACGGCAAACUGAGAAGUGUCAGAAAUCUCCGUGCCCAAUCAAUGGUAACUGGGGACCCUGGGCUCCAUGGGACACCUGCACUCUCACCUGUGGAGGCGGUGUCCAGAAUCGAAAACGCCUGUGCAAUAACCCUGAAUCCAAAUACGGUGGCAAAGAGUGUAUCGGUAAUCCCAAAGACACCCAGAUGUGCAACAAGAAAGCCUGUCCAGUUGAUGGGUGCCUGUCCAACCCCUGCUUUGCUGGAGCCAAGUGCACCAGUUUACCUGAUGGGUCCUGGAAGUGCGGAAAGUGCCCAGCUGGCUACGCUGGCAAUGGUAUCAAGUGCAAAGAUGUUGAUGAGUGCAAGGAGGUCCCAGACGCUUGCUUUGAGUUUAAUGGCGUGCACCGCUGUGAGAACACUGAGCCUGGCUACAACUGUCUGCCAUGUCCUUCUCGCUACUCAGGACCCCAACCGUUUGGCAAAGGUGUGGAGCAGGCCGCUGCCAAGAAACAGGUGUGCACAGCCCUUAAUCCCUGCCUCGAUGGAAGCCAUGACUGCAACAAAAACGCCCGUUGUAACUACCUUGGACACUUUGCCGAUCCCAUGUUCCGCUGUGAGUGCAAGCCCGGCUAUGCUGGCAACGGCCAUAUCUGCGGAGAGGACACAGAUCUGGAUGGAUGGCCCAACUCUGACCUGGUGUGUGUGGAGAACGCCACCUACCACUGCAAGAAGGACAACUGUCCAAACCUCCCUAACUCUGGGCAAGAAGAUCACGAUAAGGAUGGCAUGGGAGAUGCCUGUGACACCGAUGAUGACAAUGAUGGCAUUCCUGACGAUAGGGACAACUGCCCAUUCGUUUACAACCCCAGGCAGUAUGACUAUGACCGCGAUGAUGUUGGUGACCGCUGCGACAACUGCCCUUACAAUAGUAACCCAGACCAAACGGACACAGACAACAAUGGAGAGGGAGACGCCUGUGCUGUGGACAUUGAUGGAGAUGGCAUAAUAAAUGAGAAAGACAACUGCCCCCAUGUGUACAAUGUCGACCAGAAGGACACAGAUCUGGACGGCGUGGGAGACAUGUGUGAUAACUGCCCUCUGGAACAUAAUCCAGAUCAGGUGGAUUCAGAUGAUGACCGAGUGGGAGACAAGUGUGACAGCAACCAGGACAUCGAUGAGGACGGACACCAGAACAACCUGGACAACUGCCCGUAUAUCCCCAACGCCAACCAGGCUGACCAUGACAAAGAUGGCAAGGGAGACGCCUGUGAUUAUGAUGACGAUAACGAUGGUGUCCCUGAUGACAAGGACAACUGCAGACUGGCCUUCAACCCUGACCAACUGGACUCUGACGGUAAUGGUCGUGGAGAUGCUUGCAAAGACGACUUUGACCAAGACAACGUGCCUGACAUCUACGACGUGUGCCCAGAAAACUUUGACAUUAGUGAGACAGACUUCCGCAAGUUCCAGAUGGUUCCUCUUGACCCCAAAGGCACUUCCCAGAUUGAUCCUAACUGGGUCGUCCGCCAUCAAGGCAAAGAGCUGGUUCAGACUGUCAACUGCGACCCCGGAAUCGCUGUCGGUUAUCACGAGUUUAAUUCAGUGGACUUCAGCGGGACUUUCUUCAUCAACACUGAGAGGGAUGAUGAUUACGCCGGCUUUGUGUUUGGAUACCAGUCCAGUUCAAGGUUCUACGUGGUGAUGUGGAAGCAGAUUACACAGACAUAUUGGUCGAAUAAACCCACCAAGGCCCAGGGCUACUCUGGCUUGUCCAUUAAAAUUGUUAACUCCACCACUGGUCCAGGAGAGCACCUCAGGAACGCCCUCUGGCACACAGGAAAUACACCAGGACAGGUCCGCACUCUCUGGCAUGACCCCAAGAGCGUUGGAUGGAAAGACUUCACCGCCUACAGAUGGCAUCUGAUCCACAGGCCGAGAACAGGACUUAUAAGAGUUGUGAUGUACGAGGGCAAGAAGAUCAUGGCAGAUUCUGGUAACAUCUAUGACAAGACAUAUGCUGGCGGCAGGCUAGGUCUUUUUGUCUUCUCACAAGAGAUGGUAUACUUCUCAGACCUCAAGUAUGAAUGCAGAGAUACCUAAAUGCACUGCCCAGAAAGCUCUGAGGAAUGCACCUUUUUUGUAUAAAGUAUGAACUUAUGUAUUCUGAUGCAAAGUCCAGGGACCGAUUUAUCCCCGCAACUCUUUCUUCUGCGGCACGCACACUCUGACGACGCGAAGGGCAUGUGGUCAGCCUCAGGGUAACUUGAAGCUGGUUUGGGCGAAGCACCGACCGGUUGACUGCCAGUUGAGGAUCAGAGAGCUCCGUCUCCUCCACCCUUAGCAUCCAUGAGGGCAGGGAGAGCUGGGGGGGAAAAGCAAGCCCUCGAGCUUCGCCAGUAGGACACAAACACCUUUCUAUCCCAGCUCUGCCUGCUUUUUGCUCUCUGAAAGACCUCAUUCAUCUCUGUGCGGCAGCGGCUCCACAUAGACAACUAUGCACUUCCAAACCUUUACAUCUCUCUCUCUCUCUCUCUUUCUGUCUCACCACUUCAGCCUGUGUGCCUUUCUACCUUCUGGAUGGACAUCCCAAAGAAAAAAUAAACUGAUGAAAUAUUUCUUUACCAGAUCUGCCAGGAUGUAGAUACUGAAUGAUAUAACAUUUGAGGACUCAGAGGAUGAAGACAGCAAUACAAUUUGUUUAGGGUCAUGAUUGUUAAGGACUUAAGAACUGUUGGGAGUUGAGCGAGUUUGAAAUAAGGGGAACAUGAUGAUUGUGGUUAUGCAUGUACUGUAAGUGGAAGACUGGAAAAAGAAAGUGUGUUUACCCAUCUACUAAUAUCUGUAGAGAAGAGAAUUACAAAGUUACAUUUAGGAUAGCUAUCUUUGAACUCACAAGUAUCAUGGGCUUUGUUGAUGCUGUCUGGUUGACUAAACAAAUCUCAGGGUGGGAUGGAAGUAAGAUCUUCCUAUAUCAAACCAGCAAGAACAAAUAUGAGGAUUAUUUCACAGCCAGUGCUCCCUCCAAAAUACUCCCCUUCUGACAUCAAAACAUUGGUCAUUAAGAUUUAUCAGCCUCUGAGGAUUUCAAUUUUAUAAGUAUGUAAAUACAUGUAAUUUAUUGACGUUUGCCUACAAUGUAGGCAGCAAAGGAAAUUUGAAUGCUUUGAAAAAGUAAAAGAAGUCCAUCCAAUAUUACAGUGAAAACUGAUCCAAAAUUGGGUACGGCCAGGUAUCGAUGUCUCUCAUCUCCCGCUGUACAAAGCCAACUAGAUAUGCUUCAGAUAGGGCUAUCUAGCAUGAAGUGUAUGUGACUCGUGUGCCUUUUCUUAAGAGAGAGAUGAAAAACAAAGGAAAUCUUUGUUGUACAAAUAUUACCUCAUUGCUGUUGUAUAAUUUGAUUAAACAAAAACAAAACCUAUAGAAACUUUUUUUUAUAUUCCUUUGAAAUGAUGGACAUCUUGGUGCCACUGUAGCAUGAGCUGUAAAUAGUAUGUCAUUUCAUAUCUAAAACAAAUACAAGCUCCCAAUCCCGUGAUCUACAACAGAGAAAAUAACAGUACAAUGGGAGAUUUCCUUUUAUAAAUAAUUUUGCUCCAUCAUGUUUGUCCAAUGCUGUUUUUAGCAGAUAAAUUAUUGUUUUGUCUUAGCUGUUUGCAAGAGGUUGAUUUGUAUGUGCGUGUGUGUAGAUAAAUGCUAUUUAAAUAAUUUAUCAGGAUUUGUCGCCUUACCAAAGGCCACACGUCCAUCUGUAUAAACGGUUUGCACACUGA